GCCAUAAAGUAUGUGAACAGAGGAAUGGCCGAGCCAUACGUAAAGCUUCCCGGAGAGAGGAGUGCCUUGCCCCUGGAGGUGGCCCUGAUGCAGAUCGUCUCGCGGCCCCCGUCCUGCUGCUACGUGCUGGGCCUGCUGGACUGGUUCGAGGAGGGCGAGCGUUUCAUCCUGGUGCUGGAGAGACCCUAUCCGUGCAUGGACCUGUUUGAUUUCAUCGAGGAGCUGGGAGGCCGGGUGGACGAGUGUCUGGCCAGGAUCAUCAUGAUACAGGUGGUACUGGCUGUUCGGCAUUGCCGCGACCGAGGGGUCCUGCACCGAGACGUCAAGGCUGAGAACCUGCUGGUGCAGACGGACAACCUGCGGGUUAAGCUCAUCGACUUUGGCUGCGGAGACCUUCUGAGAGAAUCCUCCUACAGAGACUACUCAGGCACAGAGGAGUACUGUCCUCCAGAGUGGGUGCUGAGCGGUGUGUACCAGGGCCGCCACGCCACCAUCUGGUCACUGGGGGUACUGCUCUACGGCCUGGUGUGCGGCCGUCUGCCCUUCAACAAGGAGGCUGAUAUCAUUGCUGGGCGCCUGCGCUUCAAAAAGGGCCUGACUAAAGAGUGUAAGGAGUUGAUCAACUGCUGUCUGCAGCAGGAUCCCACCAAGAGGCCUGUUCUAGAGCAGAUCCUUCUUCAUGACUGGAUGGCAGACGGACCAGUGAUCUAGGACGAACUUUAUGAGACUGGGUGAUCUACCACCUGGGUCAGCUGUGGUCGGCUCGCAGGUUACCAUGACAACAACGAUCAGGGAAGAAACGCAAAAUGAACCUUUGCAAGAUACCAGUAUAUGAAUAAAGAGAAGAAAGCAAUCAAAACACACCGAGUGGCAUGUCAGGGUUUUUUUCUGCAGUAUUUUCAUAGACAUUUUCCAUUGUCUUGUUU